GUUUGCUGAAACCCCACGCUUUCCUACAUCUAUAUUGCUCAUCCAGUCAUUAUUGGCAAUUACUGACAACCAGCAAAUCGCAUGAGCGGCAUCGUGCGCAACCGAGCAAGCGGCGUCGUGUCUGCCGCGGCAAUGCAGCGCGCCGUGUCGACUAAAGUGCUGCGGUCCGUCGCACUGGCGGAGACCAAGCGAGUGUCGCGGGCACACACCGCCCCGGUGCACUGUAUGGCCAUCGACAAAGUCGAGCAUCGGUUUUUGCUUUCGGCUGGCGCCGACACGUCAAUCCAGCUGUUUGAUCUCGAAGCGACGCAGAAGACUGACACGUGUGCUAGCCAGAUCGAACCCGCGCAUCAUAUUCCGGCUGAAUCGGGUCACACGCGGCUGAUAUCGAGCAUCGAGUGGUACGCUGCCGACACAGGCAUGUUUUCCACAGCAUCAUUUGACCAUACUGUGCGCAUUUGGGACGCUGUCGAGCUGACUGAGGCAUGCCAGUUCGACCUGGGCUCUCGUGUCAACAGCCACCGGAUGUCGGCGACCGGCUCCCAUUCGUUGAUUGCCGCUGCCGAUGAGUCGCCGUACAUCCGCCUGUGCGAUCUAGCGACGGGCGCAUUUGCACAGACCGUCUCGGCGCACGCGCAGGGCUGCAAUGACGGGUGCCUCAAGCUGUGGGACAUCCGGCGGGCAGACUCGCAGCUCUACAGUCUUGACGCUGGCAACAGUUUGUCGACCAACCCGUCAAAGAGGGCCGCAAUUAGCAGCGUCUUGUUUACAGAGGAUGGGUGUCGCGUUGUCAGUGCCAGGUCAGAUCAUCGGGUGCAAGUAUGGUCGGUCACAAACUUUCCAAUCGAACCGUUGGUCGACUGCCAUAUCAGCAUAGAAACAGGAAUCGGCAGCUCUGCCUUUUUGUCUCCAGGGCCCAUUGGCGCAUCAAUGACAUCUGCAGUCGAUGGGACCACGGCUGGGAGCGAGGUGAUGUUUAUUCCAAACGGCAACACCACCGUUGCCAUGGUCGACAUUAGCAGCGGCCAACAAGUAGCGCUGCUUGAUGGCCACUUUGCCCCUACCACUUGCACGGCGUGGAGGGUUGGCCACCUGGAGCUGUACACCAGCGGCGCUGACAGCGAGAUCAUUGUAUGGUGCCCACCAGCAAAUGAAGCUUUGAGCGAUGCCCAGAUGGAGGCACGGGCUGAUGCGUGGUCCGACGAUGACAGCGAUGGUCCUAACAACUAAAAAAGUGUUUAUUUAUUUAAGUUACGACCUAAAAAUUGUAUUAAAGU